AUGAAGGGAUUCUUGAAACAAACCCAAAGUAGGAUUUUGCUUGGUGUACAGGGCCACACAUUUGUCUUUUUCCUAGUGAGUAUCCUUGUUUUUAUUGGCUAUAACUUUGGAAACCAUAGCCAAGAAAAUGGUGUCCAAAAUGUUAUGGAAGUGGCUGAUGUCGCAUUGGUGAUAGUGCCUCUUCCAGCACAAGGCCAUCUCAACCAGCUUCUUCACCUCUCCCGCCUUGUCUCUGCCUACGACAUACCUGUCCACUUCGUCGACAUACCGCCGGGUAAAGGCUCGAGUCCAUGUUUGGGACCUUUCGGCCACAACCAACAUUCAUUUCCAUGA